CACGGCCCCCGAGGCUUUGGUGAAGGCCAAAGAAGCCAUGGCCGAGAAGUGCGACUGCAUCGCCAGCGUUUACGGCUACGACCUGGGCUGCCGCUUCGUCAACUUCCGCCCUUUGGGUUUCGGGGCCAACGGUUUGGUGCUGUCGGCCCUGGACAGCAGGAGCUGCCGUAAGGUGGCGGUGAAGAAAAUCGCCAUCAGCGACGCGCGGAGCUUGAAGCACGCCUUCCGCGAGGUGAAGAUCAUCCGGCGGCUGGAGCACGACAACAUCGUCAAGGUGUACGAGGUGCUGGGGCCGAAGGGGAGCAGCCUGCGGGGGGAUUUCUUCAAGUUCAACGUGGUCUACAUCGUCCAGGAGUACAUGGAGACGGACCUGGCUCGCCUGCUGGAGCAGGGGAAGCUCGCCGAGGAGCACGCCAAGCUCUUCAUGUACCAGCUCCUCCGCGGGCUCAAAUACAUCCACUCGGCCAACGUGCUCCACCGAGACCUCAAGCCGGCCAACAUUUUUAUCAGCACCGAGGACCUGGUGUUGAAGAUCGGCGAUUUCGGGCUCGCCAGGAUCGUGGAUCAGCAUUACUCCCACAAGGGUUACCUUUCGGAAGGCUUGGUCACCAAGUGGUACCGCUCGCCUCGCCUCCUCCUCUCGCCCAACGACUACACCAAAGCCAUCGACAUGUGGGCGGCCGGCUGCAUCCUGGCGGAGAUGCUGACGGGGAGGAUGCUCUUUGCAGGGGGACACGAGCUGGAGCAGAUGCAGCUGAUUUUGGAAACGAUCCCCGUCGUCCACGAGGAGGACAAAGAGGAGCUGCUCAAGGUGAUGCCCAGCUUCAUCAGCAGCACCUGGGAGGUGAGGAAGCCGCUGCGCCAGCUGCUCCCCGAGGUGGACAGCCAAGCUAUCGAUUUCCUGGAGAAAAUCCUGACCUUCAACCCCAUGGAUCGCUUAACGGCCGAGAUGGGGCUGCAGCACCCUUACAUGAGCCCCUAUUCCUGCCCCGAGGACGAGCCGGUGUCGCAGCAGCCGUUCCGGAUCGAGGACGAGAUCGAUGACAUUUUACUGAUGGAAGCCAACCAGAGCCAGAUGGCGAACUGGGACAGGUACCACGUCAGCCUCUCGUCUGAUUUGGACUGGCGGCACGAUAAAUAUCACGAGAUGGACGAGGUUCAGCGGGACCCGCGGGCGGGGUCGGGAUCCAUCGCCGAGGAGGCGCAAGUGGAUCCCCGGAAAUAUUCGCAGAGCAGCUCGGAGAGGUUCCUGGAGCUCUCUCACUCCUCCAUGGACCGCGUCUUUGACGCCGAGUGCGGCAAAUCCUGCGAUUACAAAGUGGGGUCGCCCUCUUACCUGGACAAAUUGCUGUGGAGAGACAACAAGCCCCACCACUACUCGGAACCCAAGCUGAUUUUGGAUUUAUCCCACUGGAAACGAGCGGCCAUCGCGCCCGAAAGCGAGCUGUCCCUGGAGGAGGAACCCUCCAACCUCUUCUUGGAGAUCGCCCAGUGGGUGAAGAGCACCCAAGUGGGCUCGAGUGUCCCUGCGAGUCUUCCGGAGAUUCGGGAGCCGUCUCCUCCUCCCCACCUCCGCCAGGAAUCCGAGGAGGUGAGCGCCGAAACCGAGCCCGAGUUUAAUUUGGACGUCUUCAUCUCCAGGGCGCUGAAACUUUGCACGAAACCCGAGGAUCUGCCGGACAACAAGCUCAGCGACAUCAACGGGGCCUGCAUCUCCGAGCACCCCAGCGAGAUGGUGCAAAGCGAGGUGUACCAGAAGGAGCGCUGGUGAGGAACCCCGGCUUCUGCCCCUCCUUGAGCCCUUUUUUACGCUGCUCCGAAUGCCUUUUUUUUCCGACCAGGUUUUUCCGACCCCUUUUGAUGCCGAAGAAGCGCAUCGAAGGGGAUCACGAGGCGUGAACGGAGUCUUGAGUUUCUUCCACUGCCUUAACAAGCUUGCCUUGCAAUCUCUGGGACCUGUUUGCAACUUCAACGUCCAGCAGAGAGGUGCUGGUCCACGCUAAGUUUGCAAACAGAGGUCAAAUCAACUUCUUCUCCUUCCUUUUUCCAUAGCAUCUGAAAACGACGAGGGCAAAAUCAGCUUUUUAUUCUGGUCAGGUCCUCUCCCGGGGCGACGGCUUCCAAACUUGGAGCUCGUGGGAGGCAGAAAAUAACCUCUCAAGAACGUCGACGGUGAAAGAAUUUGACCACUCGGGAUUUUAUUUUUCUUUUCCCGACGGGAAGAUAAUUUUAUUAUUUAAUUUUCUUUUGUUUCUGAGCACCUUCUCCUCGUUUGGUUUCUCCUUCCCGUUGGAGCCGGGUGCUUCUGAACUCUUUUGGAGACACCACCUGGUGCCGGGUUCCUGUGGCAUCGCUUUCCUAACCGGAUGAGUUUAUGUAUAAAAAAAAUUGUACUCACAUUUCUCCAAGGCACUUUGCUUUCAGCUUCUCUGGAACACGCCGGCGGGCGAACAAGCGUGGUUUGUAAAUAGAUGCGGACACAAAUUAAUCCACUCUAACUUUUCGUUCACACUUAACGAGCACCUUACUAAUGAAUCAGCCAACGAGGGUUUGUAUAGGGAGGAGAUGUUCUAUACUUCUAUUUGACCAAACUCGGCCGUUUUUUAAAUCAAAAACCUGUAAAUAGCGUAGAAGCCAGCCUCCAUUCGUGCUGCUGGUGGGGCGCUGUGCCUCGACUUCAUUUGUAAAAGAGAAACUCCUGUAUUUAAAACUCCAAGGUCCGUAUUUAACUAUCGCUCCCCUACCAAUUAUUUCUCCCCUUUUAACUCCUAAAUGCUCUGAGCUGUGAAGAAAACGCGUGCGAGACUCGGGGGAAGGACUAACAGCAGCGCUUGCUGCGUUAACCCUGCUUUCUGUUCCUGGGGGGGAGGAUUUAGGGGCAGGUUUAGGUGUAGGAGAGCUUUUGCUAGCGUUUGACAAGCCAGCAAGCUGCUUCUUCUCGUGAAACCCUCACCUUACGCUGUCCGGAUCCGCUGCUGCUCCAGCAAAACGGGUGAGAUGGGCAGGAGGCAAAGCGGACUCCGCUCUUCGGAGGUCCCCGGAGGAUGUUCAGGCUGCUGCCCUGCAAAAAAAUAAAGAAAUAAAAAAAAAGAAAGAAGGAGGGAGAGGCAGAGGGCUGGGUGUGCAGGGCGUGCCGCGAUUUAUAUACCUCAACUAAAGCUCAGCACUUUUCACUGGCGGGGGGGGGGCAGCUCCGGGGUGAAGGGAUCCGACCCCCUCGGUGUUUCGUCCCCGUGGGAGAUCAGAAGCCUCCUGAGCACAAACCCUGGCGCCGGGGAGUGAAUUUCAACAAAUACGGUGAUUUCUGCAAAAAAAAAUAAUAAAUAAAUUAUUCCAUUGUCUCUUGGCUUGCAGCAGAAUAGAUGGAACAAAAGGGUCUUGAAAGGGUUGCUCGGAUUAAUCGUAGAGGGCAAACAAGCAGGUGCUUUAGGAAGUUUGUGUGAAUUUUUGCUAGGCUUUGGAGAGAAUACACCCAAUUACAGCUUGGACAGGACAGACUAUCCCUAAAAACUAUUCUUUCCCCCCUUUUUAAUUUUUUUAAAUUAAAAAAUGUGUUGCAAUGCCUACGGUGUUCAAUUUUUUCUCCCCCUGCCGUUUCUCCUCCGCUGUAGGCUGAGUUUUCACUGCAAAAAAAUGCAGUUCGUGUUUGGUGCUUUUUUUUUAUCCCAGUUUAGAUCAGCUAAAGGAGCAAUCCCAACUGGUAGCGAGUGGUCAGGAGAGGGCAGUGCUUCCCCUCUGUGUUUUUCUGGCUUUGUGCUCAACUCUGUACAGCCUCAAAUCCAUAAGUGGACGCUGCAGAGCUGUUACGCCGGCCAAGAUGUCAAUCUAUCGCCCACAGAUGCAAAUUUCCAGGUUAAUAUUAACAAUUAGUAACAUCUAAUCAUUAACAGCUUAUUCAUGAGGUGCCUGUUUGAAUUGCAACCCUGAAUUUUAGGGCUGUGGGGCUCGGCUGACGCCAAAGUACGGCACAUCUGUGAGGUUGUCUGGGUCCUCAGCCUGCAAAGAGGUAUUUUUACAAAAAGGAAAAGCUCGCAAAAAAGCAUCAGUUGCGAAUUUGAGCCUAACCUGAGCCCUCAGCCUAAAAACCCGCUUGUUAUUUUUUUUUUAUUUUAAUUCCCAUUAAGAAUCGGUGAUAUAAAAAGCCAAGAACAUUGAGUCCAGCUCUGGCGCUUGUGCUUUAAAUAGGCUGAAAAAAUGGAGCUGUUACAGAGAGGGCCGCCAAAACGGUCUCCUGGAUGGGGAAAAAAAAUAAAAAAUCUUCUGUUUCA